AUGACUACUGCCCAAGACCCUACCAUCGCGGCCGAGUCGCAGUAUUUAUUUCAGGAGAGUAACCUAAGCUCUUCACUCGGAAGCCACCCCGAAAGCCAACAGCAAGCCCUGAGACUUCCAAAGGAAGACUCCCAGCACCUGCAAUCGACUCCAUCCGAUAGGCGUCCAGCAGCCGCUACCUCGUCUGACCUUCCAACAAGGGAUAUUUAUACUGAGGGCAUUACGGACAGCGAAGGCGAGGCCGCCCAGGCUUCUUCUGUCUCGCCCGAUAUUGUCGCAGUUGAGAUAUCGAGACCCUGUGUCGACUUAUCUCGUUCUACAACGAUCUUUGCCCGGCCGGAAGAUGUGUCCCGUGGUCUCGAUAUACUGAGCAUUAAUGGUCUGGAAGAUGGUCUGGGCAGACAAGGAUAUAGGCUCAGAACCGAGACCCACCAAGCCCCUCGCAAUGAUAUGGUCAACGCCGGCAUCGGGCCUGUAAUCAUCGUAACCUCGAACAUGGCAGCUUCACUUUCUUGUCGUGACGAGUCAUUCCUCAGCCUUUCGUCUUGCGAGUCAUUCCUCAGCCUUUCGUCUUGCGACUCAAUUCUCAGCCAGGUCACACGACGGUCUACAGACGGCACAGACAAGUCCUACGCCUCCGAAGCUUUUACCUCCGCAUCGCGAGCUUCAACCAUGGCCUCUGCAGCAUCUUCUGAUUGUAGCUGGCACGCUGUUCCAUUCAUGCACGCCUCACAGCCCGAGCUGGUUUUUCUUGCCGAGCAAAACCACUCCAAAGAUAACGACACUCCACUUUCGUCGAUCAGCACGGCGCAAAAGCUCCUGUACCUUCUUACACGGGCUAACCCUCAUGGCCGAUGCGAUAAGCAGCAUCUGCAAGACGAGAACGAGGGUUCUCGAAGGCCGCGACCACCGAGUCCUGCUUCGUCGCAGGCUCGGGGGAGACGUAGUCAACUGGACCAACACGUCGAUAGGGGUGACGUUCCGGAUGCUUUCGCCACUCUUAGCGCGACCGUUGAAAAUCGGUCAACGGAGCAAAGUUUCAAUGGAGUGUUAUCUCUGAGCCUUCCUGUCAAGCGCAAAACCAGUACUCUAGCCAUGGAAAUUGUUUCUCCGAUUAUCAGAGCUUCCGCAAUCAAGGGGAGACCUGUUGAGGCAGGGCUUGUUGUAAAAGCUCUCGGGCGGACAGGCCGUACUCUUGUGGCUACGAGGCCUAUGCCAACCAGAACUCGAACUGAAGGGCAAAUGAGCGAUCGAUCGCCUAGCUCCGAGCCCAAAAGACGCCGAACCCUCAGCAUAAUUGAGGAAGCCCGUGUGGAGCCCAGUGGUGGUUCCAGUGGCCCGCGGCCCACCGCCGAUCGGGUGCCCGAUUUUCUCGAAACAGAAGCACGGGAUCAUAACUUGCUUGGAGCGUCUCUCUCAAGCUCCGAGCGCACGUCUGAGACGGCAUCUGCGAGCGACCUCGUGGCAACCCCCCGUGAACACUCCCCGGCAACCCGUGCGUCGUCUGUUCCUGCCCCUAUGGAGAUAGAUUCUGAAGAAGAAGCUUUCCACAACGAAAUCAUGUCUGAUACGACAGAUGAGUCGGAUGAUCACUACAUGUACGGAGACGAAGUCGAUUCUAAUGAUUCCGAAGCCGACCCCUUCAACUGCACGGCCAAAGAGCAGACGUCGGCGACCCCGUCCGGAGUGCACGCCUGGGUCAAGUCCGUGGCGAACGGCACCACCGGCGGCAACGCGCCUGCAGGAAAUAGCAGCGGAGCCUUCCAGUGCAUGGGGCCCUCCGGCGGUUCCGGGGCUGGCGGAGCUGACAACAGAAAACGGCGUCAUAGCGGGGCCGACGGUCGGGACGUCGAUGAGGGGCGGGGUAACGGACACGGCAAACGUCCGAAACUGGGCGAAAAGGGCCAAAGAAAUGCAAACUAUGCAUGCCCCUUCUCGAAACGAUACCCUCCUAACCUGCUGCCGACAGCCUGCAGAAAGGGUUGGCCAGAAGUACGGCUGGUGAAACGAGGUACCGUCGCCAUGUAUGUCACCUACCUCGCAACGUAUGGUGAUAAAAGACCUCCUGUUGACUGCAAGAUAGAUUGCGACGUAUCAUCGACCAGCACUUUACCCAACAACGAGCUACUCCAGUUGUUGCACGGUAAUCUCUCUGAAUCGGUCCCCUAUGAAAUCGAUCGAAAGCUCUCAGACUACCAACCGAGCCUGGGAAUCAGCCCCUCUCACCUGGAAAUCAUCAAGCACGUCUGUAAAGAGGUCAUGAACGCAAAAUUCUCUGUAUUCACAGAGUCACUGGAAGAAACCGGAGGGGUCCCGCAAACGACAUCGCCUGAUCUGGUCCCAGAAGUGGGACCCCCCAGCACAGCCGCUGAGAACACGCAAUUCACUGCUGACGAGUCUACUCACAUGAAUGGUGGCGAUGACCACACCCUCAGUCAGUUUAUGGAUUCCCAUGGCUAUGGCCAGGAUGGGUACAGUGCUGCUCCAAUGGAUUUUGGAGCAGACUUUGAAUUCAAUCCCGACCCGUGCACGUCAGCCCAUGGCGUGUACUUGCCACAGAACUUUUCAUUCUCGGGAAUCGAAGAAGCAGAACCGAAGGGAAAAGAGAAGGAGCUUUUUUGA